AUGCCCAAAGGAGGUAAAAAAGGUGGCCAUAAGGGCCGCGCACGAAUGUACACCAGCCCUGAGGAGAUAGACGCUCAGAUGAAGGCAGAGAAAGAAAGGAAGCAGCACGAGCAGGAGGAAGGGGAUGUAGCGCAAGACAAGACAGAAGACAAGCUUCCAGGAUCAGAGUCAGAAGACAGUGAUGAUGACUCUUCUGAGAAAAAAAAGACUGGUGUAGAAGGCUUAAUAGAGAUCGAGAACCCCAAUAGAGUUUCUCAAAAGUCCAAGAAGGUGACCCAGAUUGAACUUGAUGAACCGAAGCAGUUAUCAAGAAGAGAAAGAGAAGAGAUAGAAAAGCAGAGAGCAAAAGAACGGUACAUGAAGAUGCACUUGGCAGGAAAGACAGACCAGGCUAAGGCAGACCUUGCCCGCCUUGCAAUUAUUAGAAAACAAAGAGAGGAGGCAGCAAGAAAAAAAGAGGAAGAGAAAAAAGCUAAAGAGGCGGCUGCUGCAAGAGGAAUGAAAUAA